AUGACAGAGGAAAGCAAAGGGGAAGGCAGGGGGGAAAGCGGGAAGGACUUGGAGAAGCAGCUUCGCUUGCGGGUCUGCGUCCUCAACGAGCUGCUCAAGACCGAGCGGGACUACGUGGGCACGCUGGAGUUUUUGGUCUCGGCUUUCCUUCACAGAAUGAUCCAAUGUGCUACGGCCAAAGUGGAUAAAAAUGUCACAGAAGAGACAGUUAAGAUGUUGUUUUCAAAUAUUGAAGAUAUUCUUGCAGUUCACAAAAACUUCCUGUCCCUAGUGGAGGAGUGCUUGCAGCCAGAGCCUAAUGCGCAGCAUGAAGUUGGAACCUGCUUUCUUCAUUACAAAGAGAAAUUCCGUAUCUAUGAUGAAUACUGCAGUAACCACGAGAAGGCACAGAAAGUUCUGCUUGAUCUUAACAAAAUAAGAACAGUGCGGACAUUUCUUUUGAAUUGCAUGCUCCUUGGAGGACGCAAGAACACGGACGUACCGUUGGAGGGAUAUCUAGUAACGCCGAUACAGAGAAUAUGCAAGUAUCCCCUUCUUUUGAAGGAGUUACUGAAGCGGACUCCAAGGAAGCACAGUGACUACGCGGCACUAAUGGAAGCCCUCCAGGCCAUGAAAGCUGUCUGUUCCAACAUAAAUGAGGCCAAGAGACAAAUGGAAAAACUAGAGUUUUUGGAAGAAUGGCAGUCUCAUGUUGAAGGAUGGGAGGGGUCCAACAUCACAGACACAUGCACAGAAAUGCUGCGAAGUGGACUACUACUGAAAAUUUCAGCUGGAAAUAUCCAAGAGAGGAUAUUUUUUCUUUUUGAUAACCUUUUGGUCUACUGCAAAAAAAAGCACAGGCGAUUGAAGAACAGCAAAGCAUCUACAGAUGGCCAUCGUUACCUUUUUCGGGGCAGAAUAAACACAGAAGUGAUGGAAGUAGAGAAUGUAGAUGAUGGAACAGCUGACUAUCACAGCAGUGGUCACACUGUCAUUAAUGGCUGGAAGAUCCACAACACAGCAAAGAACAAAUGGUUUGUAUGCAUGGCAAAAACCCCUGAAGAGAAGCAAGAAUGGCUGGAAGCUAUUUUGAAAGAACGUGAGAGAAGAAAAGGUUUAAAAUUGGGCAUGGAACAGGACACUUGGGUGAUGAUCUCUGAGCAAGGAGAAAGAUUGUACAAAAUGAUGUGCAAACAGGGGAAUCUCAUCAAAGACAGGAAGAGGAAAUUAACCACUUUCCCCAAAUGCUUUCUUGGAAGUGAAUUUGUGUCUUGGUUGUUGGAAGUCGGAGAGAUACACAAAUCUGAAGAAGGUGUUCAUCUUGGCCAAGCUUUAUUAGAGAAUGGCAUUAUACAUCAUGUUACAGAUAAGCACCAAUUUAAACCCGAACACAUGCUGUACAGAUUCCGAUACGAUGAUGGAACGUACUACCCCAGAAAUGAGAUGCAAGAUGUGAUCUCUAAGGGUGUACGACUGUACUGUCGCCUUCACAGUCUGUUUACCCCAGUAAUUAGGGAUAAAGAUUAUCACUUGAGAACCUACAAAUCUGUAGUCAUGGCUAACAAACUCAUAGACUGGUUGAUUGCACAGGGGGAUUGUCGAACAAGGGAAGAAGCGAUGAUAUUCGGUGUAGCCCUUUGUGAUAAUGGGUUUAUGCACCAUGUGUUAGAGAAAAGUGAAUUUAAAGAUGAACCACUGCUGUUUCGUUUUUAUGCUGAUGAAGAAAUGGAAGGGUCAAAUAUGAAGCACAGACUCAUGAAACAUGAUCUGAAAGUGGUGGAAAAUGUCAUAGCCAAGUCACUACUGAUUAAAUCUGAUGAAGGCACCUAUGGUUUUGGUUUAGAAGAUAAAAAUAAGGUGCCAAUUAUUAAAGUGGUGGAGAAAGGAUCAAAUGCUGAGAUGGCAGGCUUGGAAGUUGGGAAAAAAAUCUUUGCUAUUAAUGGUGACCUCGUUUUCCUGCGACCCUUCAGUGAAGUGGAUUGCUUUCUGAAAGCAUGUUUAAACAGCAGAAAGCCCCUGCGGGUUCUUGUGAGCACUAAACCACGGGAGACAGUGAAGAUUCCUGAUUCUGCAGAUGGACUUGGAUUCCAAAUCCGGGGCUUUGGCCCAUCAGUGGUCCAUGCUGUUGGGCGAGGAACGGUGGCAGCUGCUGCAGGUCUCCACCCUGGCCAAUGCAUAUUCAAAGUGAAUGGAAUUAACGUCAGCAAAGAGACUCAUGCAAGUGUUAUUGCCCAUGUCACGGCAUGCAGAAAGUACAGGCGGCCAAUGCAG